ACAUUAAAACAUACCUCUUGCGUAUAGAUUGAGUGCUGAAUCUUCAAAAUUCGAGAAAUGGAUUUUUAUGUGUCUAUUGUCCUUUAAACUCUGAAUUCGAAAGUUACUCUUGGGCUUCGUGUAUUCUUCCAACUUUUGUCAACACGUCUGGAUCAUCAAUGUUAAAAGUUUUCACAAUUUCGCAACCUUUUUCUCCAAUCCAAAGGAGAAGAAAUUUCACUUGUCUUUCUUCUGACACAGCAUCUAAAGCUCCUUCAAAUAUCAAUUCACACUUUUCCUUAAAAAGUUUGAACGUACGCGGUAAGUCCAUGGAUUCCAAGUCCAUGUGAGGCGGCUGUAUCCCAUACAUGUGUUCCAUUUUUUCUUUCUUUCUUUCUUUUUUUUUUUUUUUAGUGAUUCAAAUUCCUUUUUCAUCUUGUAGUUUGUGGGUCAUCCAAUCUCCAAAUUAUGCUACAUCCAAUGUAGAUCCCGAUUCUGACACCAUGUCGUAGUUUUCUGUUUGUUAUGUAACUUAUGUUUACUUUAUGUUUACUCAUUUAUUACAUAACAUCCAGCCACAUAUGGGCAUGUUGGCUAACCGGUAGAGAAGGGACAAUGCAUUGUGGGAGAUAUGUUAAUUAUGUUAAUUACCUUUACAAUAUGCAACAUAAUUUACCGGUUAGUAUUGGGCGGCAAUCCAUUUGAUUAGUUGUUCUUCGAGUGAACGCGGUUAUGCAAGAGCCUUGAGUGAAAAAGAUGAAUUCCAUGUUAGAACUGCCAAUAUGUUCCAAGACAUCACUGGAGGUACUGCUGAGAGAAAUUUUACAUGUAGUUGUGGUGAUUGUGGCCUGGGGGCACGUUGUAUAUCUCUACACGGAAGAGGAAUACCCGUGGGGACUUGAGAAGAAUUGGCAUUUGGCCUUCAUUCGAUGGAUUGACAUAACGAUGCACUGGGCAUCAGGUUGUCUCUAUCGCAGCCGGCUACAUCUGUUCAUGGGUAUUUGGCAUAUCAUGAAGUUACCGAGCCUAAUUUAUAGCUUUGAUGAUGCAAUCCCGGGCAUUGGAGAAAAACUGCUGCAUUUUACCCCAUGCAACGCUCUGGACACAACUUCAUACGUAUCCACUGCUUUGACAUCAACCUCCCUGAACUCGAAAGUGGUCGGCUUCUUGAUGUAUGCCUUGCUGAAAUGGCAUGGUUUUUAUUACUGACCGUUUUAGCUACAUGAUAUAACAUAUAUGAGAUGCCGGAUGGGAUUUUCGUGAUUUUUGCAUUUUUCGAUCUAUAUAUUUAUAAGAUUUUAAAAGAGAUGUACUUUUAACGAUUGUACGGAUGCAUUUAGGUAUGAGAGCCGCCCUUUUGAGACAUAUGCCUGAAAACGAUAACGUGAACUUUUUUAAAACUUUAUUGUAAAUUUGCAUUCUUAAAGAAAGUUUUAAUAAAGUGUUUUAAUUUACUUUCACAAACUAAGUUCUUUAAGUGGUUAUUUAAAAGUUAAGUCAUAAUAUUGUGCUUAAUUCUAAUGUCUGUAAUUUGAAAUUUUUAUAAAUUUAUUUAUUUUUGUAAAAAGCAAUGAAAUUUGACAAUAGGGUACAAUAAGCAACACCUUGAAGUUUCGAUGUUGUGCGAUUUUCUUUUAUAUACUUUAGUAUCCCAUGCAUGUUGGAUCGUUAUAUUAAGAAAAUACACCAUUCAAUAUAUUUUAGUAAUGAUGAUUAUAAAUUAAGAAAAGGCUUGUAUUUUGAGAAAGUUGGGAAAAAUAAAAACGUGUUUAUUAACUUUUGA